CAGGAUGUUGGGCUGGGUCCACAAGGUGCUGCCUCAGCCCCCAGGGACCCCUCAGAAGACCAAGAUGCAGGAAGAAGAGGAAGCAGAAGCAGAGCCAGAGCUGGUGCUGGAGCCAGAGGCAGAACCAGAGCCUGAGCCUGAAGCAGCUCCUGAGGAGGCCAAGCCUGAGGGCGAGUCCCUGCCCCCUGAAGAACCAGCUCACGAGGAGCAAGUGGCUGCGGCUGACUCCAGCCUUCAGGAAACCCAGGAGGCUGCCCCUCCUCUGCCCACAGCCCUCCAGGCCCAGGUCACAGUGGCUCCCGAUGUGUACAGCUCCAGUGGCUGGGUGCUGACCUGGCUCAGGAAGAGCAUGGAGAAGGUUGUGCCGCAGCCUGCCUGGAGUGGCAGGAUGGCCCAGAAUGGUGUUGCUGACACAGGGGCUCCAGCUGAGGAUGGAGCACAGGUCAUUGGGCUCUGCAGCCCCAGGGACACAGGUAAGGCCAUGAGGCAGGGGGACUGUUCAGGGUGGAGCCAAGGGGCAGCUGCCCACUGGCCCUUCCACAGGUCUAGCCCAUGGCUGCUCAGGUGGCUCAAGCAGAAUCUGGAGAAAGUGCUGCCUCAGCCCCCAAAACUCCCUGAGGGUUGCAGAGCUGAGCCUGCGGAUGCUGUCUUGGGCCCAGAACCUCUGGGACCGACCCUGGAGAUGGAGCCCACCGAGAGACCCUCCCUGCCCAGUCCUGGCUCCCUGGAGCCUGAGGUGGAGCCGACUGCAGAGCCCCAGCCCAGCUUCCAGGCCUCCUCCCUGACACCACCCAGGGACCCUGCCAGGUUGAUAGCAUGGCUCCUGCACAGGCUGGAGAUGGCCCUGCCGCAGCCGGUGAUCCAUGGGAAAACUGGGGAGCAGGUCAGUGCUGGGCCUACAAUGUGCGACGUGCAGACCCUCAGCAUCCUCCCCACGGAGCAGGUGGAUUCUGACCUUGUCCUCGAAGAAGUUGACCCUCACUGGGAAGAUGCCGAGCAGGACAGCAGCACCAGCCCACAGGGGACAGAGGCAGCUCUGGUGUUUGAGGAAGAGAAUGAGGCUGUGAUAGAGAUGCCCAGGGAGCUGUCCCUGACUCAGGAGGAAAAAGAAGAGGAGGAGGAUGUCGAGGAGGAGGAGGAGGAGGAAGAAGAGGAGGAUGUGCUGCUGGAUAGCUGUUUGGUGGGACGGGUGGGUGUGGACCAGAGCAACUUAAGCAAGACCCAGUGCCAGAAGGCCUCGUUGCAGGAGCUGCAGGAGGAGGCUGUGGUUGUCUGCUCAGCAGUGCCUGCCACGGAAGAGCACCCCGAAGUGCAGGUGGAAGACACGGAUCCCGACAGCCAUCCCCUCAUCGAGGAGGAGAAGCCGUCCUCACCUGGGCUGCCGCCACAUUCGCCUGCCAAAUCCGACACACUUGCUGUCCCAGGCUCGGCCUCAGGGCCCCACAGGAAGAGGCUGCCCUCGCAGGAUGAUGGGGCUGAAGAGCUCAAGGCGAUGUCACCAGCUGAGUCCCCAGUGGUCACCUCGUCGGAUCCUACCACCCCUCAGGAAUCUGAUGGCCAGGACCGCGCAGCCUCCACGGCCAGCCAGAACAGUGCCAUCAUCAAUGACCGGCUCCAGGAGCUGGUGAAACUCUUCAAGGAGCGGACGGAGAAGGUGAAGGAGAAGCUCAUCGACCCUGAUGUCACCUCUGACGAGGAGAGUCCCAAGCCCUCCCCAGCCAAGAAAGCCCCUGAGCCAGCCCCAGUCACGAAGCCUGCUGAGGUGGAGCCGGCAGAGGAGGAGCACUACUGCGACAUGCUCUGCUGCAAGUUCAAGCGCCGGCCCUGGAAGAAGUACCAGUUCCCCCAGAGCAUUGACCCCCUGACCAACCUGAUGUACAUCCUGUGGCUGUUCUUCGUGGUGCUGGCCUGGAACUGGAACUGCUGGCUGAUUCCUGUGCGCUGGGCCUUCCCCUACCAGACGCCCAGCAACAUCCACCUGUGGCUGCUGAUGGACUACCUAUGCGACCUCAUCUACCUCCUGGACAUCACCAUCUUCCAGAUCCGCCUGCAGUUUGUCAGAGGCGGGGACAUCAUUAUGGACAAGAAGGACAUGCGAAAUAACUACCUGAAGUCUCGCCGAUUUAAGAUGGAUGUGGUCUGCCUCCUGCCCUUGGAUUUCCUCUACUUGAAAUUUGGCGUGAACCCCCUCCUCCGCCUGCCCCGCUGUUUAAAGUACAUGGCCUUCUUUGAGUUUAACAACCGCCUGGAAGCCAUCCUCAGCAAAGCCUACGUUUACAGGGUCAUCAGGACCACAGCCUACCUGCUGUACAGCCUGCACCUGAACUCGUGUCUUUACUACUGGGCAUCAGCCUUUCAGGGCAUUGGCUCCACUCACUGGGUUUACGAUGGUGUGGGAAACAGUUACAUUCGCUGCUACUACUGGGCUGUGAAGACACUCAUCACCAUCGGGGGGCUGCCUGACCCCCAGACGCUCUUUGAAAUUGUCUUCCAGCUGCUGAACUAUUUCACGGGUGUAUUCGCUUUCUCUGUGAUGAUUGGACAGAUGAGAGAUGUGGUAGGGGCGGCCACUGCAGGACAAACCUACUACCGCAGCUGCAUGGACAGCACAGUGAAGUACAUGAACUUCUACAAGAUCCCCAGGUCCGUGCAGAACCGCGUCAAGACCUGGUACGAGUACACCUGGCACUCGCAAGGCAUGCUGGACGAGUCAGAGUUGAUGGUGCAACUUCCAGACAAGAUGCGGCUGGACCUUGCCAUUGACGUGAACUACGACAUUGUCAGCAAGGUGGCGCUCUUUCAGGGCUGUGACCGGCAGAUGAUCUUCGACAUGCUGAAGCGCCUGCGCUCCGUGGUCUACCUGCCCAACGACUAUGUGUGCAAGAAGGGGGAGAUUGGCCGCGAGAUGUACAUCAUCCAGGCGGGCCAGGUGCAGGUCCUGGGCGGCCCCGAUGGCAAGGCGGUGCUGGUGAUGCUGAAAGCCGGGUCCGUGUUCGGAGAGAUAAGCCUGCUGGCCAUCGGGGGCGGCAAUCGGCGCACCGCCAACGUGGUGGCGCACGGCUUCACCAACCUCUUCAUUCUGGAUAAGAAGGACUUGAAUGAAAUUUUGGUGCAUUAUCCCGAGUCUCAGAAGUUACUCCGGAAGAAAGCCAGGCGCAUGCUGAGGAACAACAACAAGCCCAAGGAGCAGAAGAGCGUGCUCAUCCUGCCGCCACGGGCGGGCACCCCCAAGCUCUUCAACGCGGCCCUGGCUGCAGCAGGGAAGAUGGGCAAGGGGGGCAAAGGUGGCAAGCUCGCCCACCUCCGGGCCCGACUCAAGGAACUGGCUGCACUGGAGGCAGCUGCCAGGCAGCAGCAGUUGCUGGAGCAGGCCAAGAGCGCACAGGAAGCUGCAGGGGAGAACGCCCCGGAGCAGUCCGCGCCCCAGGAGCCGCAGGAGCCCUCUGGCCCUCCAGUCCCAAGCUCUGCCCCGCUGGCCUCUGCUGAGAAGCCUGAGGACGGCGGGGAGGAGGCGGCUGGCACAGAGGAGCCCUCGGUGCGGAUUCGCAUGAGCCCGGGCCCGGAGUCUGGCGAGCAGACGCUGGCGGUGGAGAGGCCAGAGGAGAAGGAGGCAGCGGGGGAGUGA